AUGCCGCCCCUCCGCAACCCCAUCCUCCCCGGCUUCAACGCCGACCCCUCCAUCCUCCGCGUCAACUCCUCCUACUACAUCGCAACCUCCACCUUCGAAUGGUACCCCGGCGUGCAAAUCCACCACUCCACCGACCUCGCAAACUGGGACUUAAUCGCCCGCCCACUGUCCAGGGCAAGCCAGCUCGACAUGCGCGGCGCCCCCGACAGCUGCGGCGUCUGGGCACCGUGUCUCUCCCACGACGGAUCCCAAUUCUGGCUCGUCUAUACCUACGUCACUCGCAAGGACGGCUCGUUCAAGGAUUCCCAUAACUAUAUCGUCACUGCGCCGGACAUUACAGGUCCCUGGUCGGACCCUAUCCAUGUAAACUCCUCCGGUUUCGACCCGAGUCUCUUCCACGACGAGGACGGCCGGAAAUGGUUCGUAAAUAUGCUGUGGGACCACCGGCGGCGUCCGCGUGCGUUUGCGGGGAUCGCACUGCAGGAAUUCGACCCGGUGCAAGGGAAACUAGUCGGGCCGAGGAAGAAUAUCUUUAAAGGCACGGAGCUGGAUCUGGUUGAGGGCCCGCAUCUUUAUAAACGGGACGGGUGGUACUAUCUUCUCACGGCCGAGGGGGGGACGGCGUAUCAGCAUGCUUGUACACUUGCGCGGUCGAGGAGUAUCUGGGGUCCUUAUGAGACGCAUCCGAUUAAGCAUAUCUUGAGUUCGAAGGAUGCGCCCUUUGCGGCGCUGCAGAGGGCCGGGCAUGGGGACUUGGUGGAGACGGAGGAUGGGAGGGUGUAUCUGGUGCAUUUGAUGGGGAGGCCGGUUGGGCAGGGGAGACGGUGUGUGUUGGGAAGGGAGACUUCUAUCCAGGAGGUGUAUUGGGGUGAGGAUGGCUGGUUGUGGGUGAAGGGGGGGCCGGUGCCGUCGCUGUAUGUUGAUGUCCCUGGGACGCGGCGCGAGGGCGAGUACUGGGCUGAGCAGAAGUAUGCUUUCAGGGAUGUCCUGCACAAGGACUUCCAGUGGCUGCGUACGCCUGAGCCAGAGCGUAUCUUCUCUAUUACGGAUGGGAGUCUCUGCCUUGUCGGCCGUGAGUCGAUUGGGUCGUGGUUUGAGCAGGCGCUUGUUGCGCGGCGGCAGACGCAUUUCUCAUACGAUGCGGAGACUGUCCUCAUUGAUUAUGCGCCUACUGACGAGAGGCAGUUCGCCGGUCUUGUCGCGUACUACUGCAGGUAUAACUUCUUCUAUCUGGCAGUUACAGCAGAUGCGGACGGGCAGCGGGAGAUCAAUAUCCUGCGUUCUGAAGCAUCAUACCCCGAAGGGAAACUCGAUACCCCAUUCCCUGAGCCAAUUCAGAUUCCGAAUGAAGGCAAGGUCAGACUGGCAUUGAGUAUCAGAGGUGGACUCACUCUGCAGUUCUUUUACGCCCUCGGAGACGGAGACCUGCAAGCCGUUGGGCCCGUGUUUGAUGCAUCGAUUCUGUCGGACGAGUGCGGUGGUCAUCAGGCCCAUGGGAGCUUCACUGGGGCGUUUGUGGGCAUGGCCUGCUCCGACUUGAAUGGGACAGCCCUGCCAGCCAAAUUUGAUUCUUUUGUGUAUAGGCCGGUGCAGGAUACGGCGGAUCGAUAUGAGGUGUGA